AUGGAUUUAGACUUUAUAUUUUUCCCAGCUCCAAAAGAUAUAUAAAAUGAUCAUGAACAUGGUCAAAUAUUGUGGAUUCCAAAAUAUCCGAAACUCUAUCCUACUUUUCAAAAUUAUGUACCUAGAACAAAUAAGAAAAGGGGAGUAUUCUUUAAAUAAAGUGAAUUAGAUUUUGAAGAUGAUCAUUUUUUAAUUGAUGAACCCACGUAACAAUUUAAAUUCUUAUUUAUUAGAGAAUCUUAAUUGCAGCCAAUACCAAAUUUUUUAUGGAAACCAAUAACAAGUAGAUAAAGAAAGCGAUAAACUACUGAUAUAAACUCACCAACUUUUGAUUCUAAUGAGGGUAGUCCAGAUGUUCAACAAAAAUUACAAAAAUUAAAUAUGCAGUCUGUUUAAAUUGUUACAAAGAAACCUUAAUUGUGUAGAAUGUCAUCAAAUCUUUACCCAAUUAAAAAGACAAGAAUUGAUUAAAGUAUUUGCUUUAGUUAACCAUUAAUAAAAUUACCUUAAGAAUUGAUUGAUCUCAAAUAAAAAAUUUAAAAUGAAUCUAAUGAUGAAUAACCUCCACCAAGAUCAAACUCGAGAGAAUCCAAUUAAAUCAAUGGUCAUAUUCCAUGCAUGUAUGUGGAUUCAAAAAAACAUUCCCCAAAUAUUUUAUUAUAUUUUCAUGCAAAUUGCGAAGAUAUAACAUAAUCCUAUAAUUUUUUAGUUCAUCUUCGUGAAAAUUUAUAAGUAUUUUAUUCUUUAUUACUGUUAUAAGGUAUCUGCUAUAGCUGUAGAAUAUCCUGGAUAUGGCAAAUAUAAAAAUGAACAACCUUCUGCUGAGGCAAUACUAAAUGAUGCUGAAUAUGUGUUUAAUUAUCUUACUAAAAGAUUGGGAUAUGCUGAAAAUAGAAUUAUUGUAUUUGGUAGAAGUAUUGGGAGUGGACCGGCAACUUAUUUAGCAAAUAAAUAUAAACCUGCAUGUUUAGCUUUAAUGUCACCAUUUACAUCACUUAAAGCAGCUGUAAGAGAUUAUAUUGGUUCAUGGGCAUAAUUCCUAAUUAGAUAAAGAUUCGAUAAUUUAGAUCAGAUUUAGAAAGUAAAAGUACCAACAUUUAUAUUACAUGGCAAAGCAGACAAUAUAAUACCAUACUCAUAAGCAUUAGAGUUAUAUAGUAUAUUUUUUUUUAAUUUAGAAUCAUGUAAAUCUGAUAAAUGUAUAUUACAUUUGGCAGAUGAUAUGGAUCAUAUCAGUUAUAGAUUAUACAAAGACUUAAUUAAUCCAUUUACUGAAUUUUUACUUUAAAUUAAAUAUUAUCAGAAUAGUUCUUAAGGACCAAAAAUGCCAACAGUUCUCUUUUAUGACCCUACACUUGAAUGA